AUGAAGCUGCUCCUUACACUCCUCGGCGAGCUCAGCGGUCUCCACGAAUUCCACGGAAUCCUACGUCGAGACCUGGAUCCCAGCUUCGAGUAUGAAGAUGUAACCGUGUAUGAGCCGUUCGACUCGGACGCCUUCCCCAGAAGCCCCAAGAGGGAUACUUCCGACACCAGUGCGCCGGGCGGCAACUUUUCGAUUCAGGCAAAUGAGUGCACCGACAUGACUAGUUGUGAGAGGAUGCUCUGCGAGAACAUGCCUAGCUGGCAUUGGUUCUGGGGUGCGGGCGGAGUCUUGGCCUUCUACUACUCGCCCAGACUUCUCGCAAACUUUGUUAAUGACGCUGGCGCCGCGAUCAAGGCCGGUAAGGAUCUCCGGAACAUCUGGAGAGAUGGCACCGUUGGCACUCAACAGGGGCUCGUUCAAGAGACAGCCAAGCGAGAAGAUGCCAUUGACUAUCAUUUCACCCUGCCGCAUAUCCUUACAGCCAAGGGGGAACCCGACCCCUCUGUGCUUUCGAAAAGGUCCUUCGAGGAGGACGGGCUGUCCGUCAAUAUCACUACGUUGCACGAUUACGUCUACAGCGGCCGUGAUGAAACUUUCUAUUACAAAGGAACAAGUCCUCCUCGUCGGGCGGGCUCGUUGCACAAUCCCCUAAGGGGCGCCUCCUGGGUCGGGCCGAACCCACCACGGAUUACACGAUCAACAUGUCUGUCUGGAAACUGCAUCGGGUCGGUGCUCGAAUACCACAUCCACAAGAGCGCCGAGACCGAGCGGUUUGCCUGCCGCCCAAUGAAUAAUAAGGGUUCGUGGCAUGCUACCAUGUGGUUGAUGAUCAACCACGGCCAAGGCAAUCUGGGCACGUAUGGCUACUGUUGCUAA